CUUCCGAAAUAGGUCGUGCUGCAACUAAUGAAGGGCGUCAAGUUGUCUCCGUUUCCGUAGGGAGGAGUUGGUAAACAACGAGCCCCGAUAAUCAGGGCUUUGCAUCCCUACGGAAUCGCUCCCAGGCAGCGAGCAGCGUUGAAGCAGGCAGUGUCUGGAGUGUGAUUAAGAUUCUCCAUGAAGAAGGAAGUAUGAUCGCCUUCAUGAACAAUUCUGACAGUGAAGAGGAACCUUGCAAUGAAAGGACAUCAUUGAUGUCAGCUGAAAGCCCCCUUCUGCCUUCUUAUCAUGAUGGAGCACAAGCAUCAGAAGCUACAGAAACACUUUCCCACAGGAAUAGACGUCCUGGCAGCACUAGCAGCUCUAAUAAAGCGGAGGGAAAUGGGCCUGAUCCAGAAAGAGCAGCAAAAGGACACAUUGUGCUGGAUAAUGAGGAAGAAGAGUUGACCUUAAAAUAUGGAGCAAAGCAUGUGAUCAUGCUGUUUGUGCCUGUAACACUCUGCAUGGUUGUCGUUGUUGCAACCAUUAAGUCAGUCCGUUUUUACACUGAGAAGAAUGGGCAACUGAUUUAUACCCCCUUCAGUGAAGAUACCCCCUAUGUGGGCCAACGUCUCCUGAGCUCUGUGUUGAAUACCAUCAUUAUGAUCAGUGUUAUUCUAGUGAUGACAAUCUUUUUGGUUCUGCUGUACAAAUAUCGUUGCUAUAAGUUCAUUCAUGGGUGGCUGAUUCUCUCAUCGCUGAUGCUUUUGUUUCUCUUCACUUACAUCUAUCUUGGCGAAGUACUCAAGACAUACAAUGUGGCUAUGGAUUACCCUACCCUGUUCUUUGUCAUCUGGAACUUUGGAGCAGUUGGGAUGAUUUGCAUCCACUGGAAGGGGCCUUUGAAACUUCAGCAAGCUUAUCUCAUUAUGAUCAGUGCCUUGAUGGCUUUAGUUUUCAUUAAAUACUUGCCAGAGUGGUCAGCUUGGGUCAUCCUGGGAGGCAUCUCUGUUUAUGACUUGAUAGCAGUUUUAUGUCCAAAGGGACCUCUCCGAAUGUUGGUGGAAACAGCACAAGAGAGAAAUGAGCCAAUAUUUCCUGCACUUAUUUAUUCCUCUGCUAUGAUGUGGACAAUAGGAAUGGCAAAGCCAGACAAUGCCCAAAGAAGAUCUUCUCAGGAGAUACGGGAUCCAGAAGCAGAGACCCAUGACAAUUCCUCAUAUGCUGAGCCUGAAGUUCCAGAAAUGAGAAACUCAACUAUUGAUCAAACUGGCCAACAACUUGGCCAAAUUGCCUGCAACGUUGAGGAAAGCCAAGAGGAGGAAGAAAGAGGAGUCAAGCUGGGUCUAGGAGACUUUAUAUUCUAUAGCGUGCUUGUCGGCAAAGCAGCUGCCACUGCUAGUGGGGACUGGAAUACAACAUUGGCUUGUUUUGUAGCCAUCCUCAUAGGUCUGUGCUUAACUCUUCUAUUGCUUGCAGUCUUUAAGAAGGCACUACCUGCUCUUCCCAUUUCCAUCACCUUUGGCCUGAUCUUCUACUUCUCAACAGAUUAUCUCAUGCAGCCUUUCAUGGACACCCUUGCAGCUCAUCAGUUAUAUAUCUAAGAAUAAUGGUGAUCCUGUUUAAGAGCUUCCACGGGCAGCAGGCCAAUUUCAGUGGAUAAAACUUUGUGAAUUUUACUCUUAAUUCCAUACCUUUUUCAUAGGAAACACGAAAAAAACAGUUUUGCUAGUUUCCCGUGGAACUUCACAGCUGAUUCUUCAGACUAUUAAUGCUGCAGAUAUCAGGAUCUAGGCAAGAAUACCUACUUGCACGUAUUCAGAGCUGAAUUCACCCAGAAUCAUUUGGAGCAUAGAAUUAUACUCAUUCUAUGCUCAUUUGGAGCAUAGAAUUAUUAUUGAUAACCUUCCUCUUCAGAUUUUUCAUAUAUUAAUUUUUUACUUUAUGUAUAAGAUAGAUUGAUUUCAUUACCUUAAAGUAAAAUGAGAAUCUGUCUUGAGAGAAUAUUGGUACUGAGAAGUUUAAAGUCCACUUUAUAUAAUUGCACAGUAAUAAUAAUGCAGGGUAUUUUUUUUAAACAUUGAAAAAGCACUCUUUGAGAGAAAUACAUUCAAGUACAGGAACUGUCUGAAAGGAGAGCAGAGUAUAGGGAGUUGUGGUUUCUACAACUACACCACUAAAAGUAGGCUGUUCAAAAUAUCUUAUAUAUUAACAGCUAACCAUGGGCUAUCAUGGAACUUUUGGCAUUUUUGGUUUCUACAGUAAAUCAGCAAGAAGCAAAUUGCAAACAGCAGAACUGUUUUAGUGAUCCUUUGCUUGUUCCACUGGGAGACUUGAUGCUGACAUCGAUUAGCUGAUGCUGACAUCGAUUAGCUUGCCUUCCAGGUACUCUAAAUGAAGGUAUCUGAAUCUCUUGGCUAUGUUCCUAUGUCAUUCAUAGCCAGAUUUCAUGUAACACUGAUUUGCUGAAUAAUUGGCUGGAUUCAUGUUAUUAAUUAAGUCACAAAUCAUGAUUGAUAUUUCUAGUUCAGCAGCUUAGUCAUAUUGCAUGUUAGCCCUGAUUCUAUUUUCUUUCAAUAUCCUUUCAAUUAAAAACAAAACGAGAAGUAAAUGAUGCAAAGAACCACUCUGUAUUUUUUAUAGUGAUGGGACACAAUCUUGCCAGUUAGCCUUCUGUUAAAAUAACUGCGUGUAUCUACCAUUACAACCAUUUGUGGGAACGCCUGUAAACGUUCUCAAAGUUCUAAAUGUAUCACAGCUCACAAAGAUUAAUAUGAACCUUAAAGGGUUCACAUAAUAUACUAUGCCAACAUUCAAAUAAAUCACAUUAUGUGUAUUAUGUGUGAAACCAUGUCACACUCUCAAUCCCAUCUGCCCAUUCUGUAAUCACAAUAGUUUAUUUGGCAUUGCUCAAAUAAACUCAAAUGAUCCCAUAAUGACCCCAUAAAUAAUGGCAAGCAAGUUCUCUUUCCUUCUCUUCCUAGGCAGGGUAACAUUAGUGUGACCAAGAAGCCAUUCAAUAAAGAGUUGAGACUUGAUCAGUGGAUAAGUUGGGACUGCUUUAUUCUUUAAUCAUGAAUCCUCUAGAGGCUUAUCUUAUUUGCUAGCAGUAAGAAUUCUGGAAAUAUGGACAGUUUGUUUGCCCUGGUUUCUGCUCUUCAGAAAGUCUUAAGCGUAGAAUAAGAGGCUUUUAUGCAUAAAGCAUGAUACACAAAGGUCUAGUUCACUAUAUUUCUUUUUUCCAAAACAGAACAAGAGCACACGUAAAGUCGGCUGAAGUAUAUAUAGUGGUACAUACAGUAGUACAUGUAGAUACUGUAUAUGCUAUGUAACAUCUUUUUAAUUAAAAAAGAUAAUUUCCCUCCAGAUCAAUACUUUAUUACCACCAGAAAAAUAAAGGGGAAAUGAAUAUUAGCUUGUUAUACUUUUCAAAAUUGAGUUCUUACUGAAAAUAGUAUUAGCUGCAAAAGUAAUAUUUCCAUUUCAACUCCUUUCAUUUCUCCCACAAAAAUCUCUUAAUAUUUUGCUGCACCAGAACUAUUAUUCUGUCACACUUUUUAUUAGACCAACUUGGCAAAGGAAGUUUGGCAAAGGAAGCCAGAAGAGCUUCGGUGAUAUUGAAAGUUAUAAAAAGAGAUUUGGUACAUUAAAGUAGAUUGCAGCUCAUUUUCAGUGGUUUUUUUAUGUAGAUAGAUAGCUACAUGUGAACUGUAAGUGAGGAUCAGUAUACUGUCUCUAUUAACUUAUUGUGUGCUUAUUUUUAUUCCUUGCAAUGCAUGUUCCUGCAUUUCUACCCUAGAGAUUCCUUUCUGACAAGUCAGUGUAUUUAGAUAUCUCUUUGCAUAGACAAAGUACUUAUUUUAGGGGAAGACAAGCAUUUUGCCCACCUGCAUCAGAUUAUUUCUUACCUUAGUAGUAACACAUGGAGCUAAUGCUGGGCAAACUGGAGCCUUAAAAGGAGACUCUUGACCAGCUAGACUUGCUUCAGGGAGAUGUAGAUAUUUUAUUGUUUUUGAUAAAACAACUGCAUAAUUGUUUAAUCUGUUCAACGGGGAAAAAUGCUAAAGCUGUAAAGCUUAGAAUUUCACUUUCCACUUUGGAUCUUCUUAGUAAAAAAACUUAGCUUUGGCUUUCCACUGAGUUGUGUUGGGAAGAGAAGGUCACUUUAGAAAUGUUUUUAGGAAUAUUAAAUUUUUUAAAUUUAAAACUGAAUUAUUUUGGAGCUAUUACAGCUCAUUGUAA